AUGGCUCAAGAGCGUUUUMCCUGCCGAUGGGCAGCUCUCUCACUGUCCAACAUCGCAUCUGUGUUCUUGCCUGAUCUCUUAUUGCCACGCGACGACUCUGACCGUAUACAACAUGAACUUGUUGCCAUCAGUACUACUGGGUCGAAGGAACGGGCUGCGUCGUGGUUCAAAGAACACAAGAUUCCACACGCGGAGUCGAUGCCUGUAUAUCAUUCGUGGGAGGAGUUGCUAGAAAAGGGCGACUUUGACGUCGUGUACAUUUCGACUCCGCACCCGCUACACUACCAACAUGUCAAGAAGGCACUAUCCUGCAAACGCAACGUUCUCGUGGAAAAGCCAGCAACCAUGAAUCGACAACAGUACGAGAAGCUGACAGAGUUGGCAAUCCAGAACGGCGUGGUCUUGAUGGAAGCAAUGUGGACUAGAUAUCUCCCUGCCGCAAGAUAUUUUCGCGAGGAGCUUUUGCCGAAAAUCGGGCAAGUCAAACGUGUAUACGCGGAAUUCUCGUUCCCGAUCGUUUCUCAGGACCUAUCUCAUUCAUCCCGAUUUUUGGAUAAGCAAGCUGGAGCUGGGAGCCUUCUGGAUCAGGGUGUUUAUGCUUUAACCUGGGCGGACCUUGCUCUCAAUGGCUUGGGUGAGGGCACGACAACCACUGAGGUUGUCCAUGCUAGCACAAUGAGCGUUCCUGGCGUCCCAAAUGACGUGGACGAUAUCACUACGGUUAUUCUCUCCAAACGCCAAAAAGAGUCCAACCAUCAAGAAGCAGUUGGAAUCAUCACAACUAGCAUGACAAUCCCUGGCUCAAGCAAACCCUCCUUCUAUCAACGUCUACAAGCAAACAGAUCUGCUCCAACCGUCCGAGUUGAGGGUACCAAGGCGUCAGUUGCCGUACCGUUUCCCCCCAUUCGACCACAGGAGUUCCAUGUGCAGUGGUAUGGAGAUGAAUAUAUUGAUGAGAACGGCAUCGAGAAGAACGAAAUCGUUAAGAAACCAGUUGAAAAGGGCUGGGGAAUUUGGUACCAAGCUGAUGUGAUUGCGGAAAAGAUCCAGGCAAGAAAAUCUUCGCCAGGGCAGGGAGAGGUCAUUGGGAUGGAAGAAUCCUUGCGGGUGCUAGGCUGGAUGGACCAAGCACGCGCUUUGGCUGGUAUCAAGUAUGAUAGCACAUUGGAAGAAGUUUGA